CUCUUGCGAUUUAAAAUUUGUAAGGGGCUUGUUGUUGUUUUCUGCGGGUACAUGCAAAAAUUAGAAUGUCAAAGUCCUUUUCCGUGUAUUUGACUUUAAAAGAAAUAGAAAAGUGGAAAUAUGUGUCUAAAAAUGAUUAUAAACUUUAUCAUUUUAGUGAAAACAAAAUCACCCUAUAAGAAAGUUGUUUCAAUCUUUGAGUUGACUAUCGAAAUAUCCAGUUGAAGACAUAGCAAGUGCCCCCCGGUGAAACCAGGGACGCUAUUAGUACAGUGGCAGUCGUGCAGUUCCUGACGUCGGGGCAGUUGAUCCUUUUCUUUCUAAAAAAAUCCUACCCAUGGCAUAGAAUAGAUGAACAACUUAAGUUAGGCCAACCUUACAUUUGUUCGAGACAAUCAUGGAUGAUGCAGACUUGGAGAAACUUUCUGUCAAGCCCGGAUCCCUUAGUCCAAAGUUCGAAAGAAACACGACAGAAUACGCCGUGACUGUCGCGAGUGAUGUGGGCAAACUGACCAUCAGUUGCUUGACAAGUGACAGCAAUGCAAGCUACCAAAUUGUGGGUGGGGAUGGAGGGAGGACUGUUGAUCUUGCAGAGCGUAAGACAACAACAAUCAAGAUUGAUGUGUCUGCCGAAGAUGGAACAUCAAAGCUCUACAUCAUCCAUGCCAAGAGACUCUCAGCCAAAGAUGCUUCCCUGACCAAUAUCAAGAUAGCAGAUGGGUGCCUGGUUCCUGACUUCAGCCCUGAUACACUCGCCUAUUCAUGCAUUCUUCCUUACUCUGCCAGUGUACUGAAGGUCACUCCGACUGCUCCUGAUAAAAAGAAUGUAGUGAAGGUCAACGGUCAAGACCCGGGGUCAGAGGUCAACCUUCAUGUUGGUGAGACAGCCAUAGAGAUUGAGGUCACAUCUGCUGAUGGGUCCAAUAAACAGACGUACACUGUGAAUGCCACAAAAAGAUGGCUGGGACGUGCAGUACAGUUUGCCAAUAGCAAAAAUGCUAUGAAGUAUGAAUGCCCUAUCACCAUCAGUCCAUUUUAUAAGCCAUGCAGUAUCAAAGGUUCUGACCCAAAGCAUGUAUUCAGUGAACCAAUCAUUGAUGAGCUGACAAGAACAUCAAAGGUAGAUCCAUUGGAUGGGACACCCCUCGAGAAUGAAUGGAAGGUUCCAGAGGGAGGCAUUGAGAAGGACUUGUCUAGUGCUACAGUAUGUUGUAUCUACUGCUAUACAGGAUGUGAAGAGAAGAUGAAGUACAGUACUCUAGGGACUCAUAUAAAGACAUGUGGGAAGAGACCUAAGAUUGAUGCAGAACCAGAGAAUGCUGAGACUUGUAAAGAAUGCAGUCGCAAACGCCCCAAAGAUGAAAUGGACUGGCACAUGGCCAACAUGUGUACCAGCAAACACACCAGUAGGGAGCUCAAACAUUCCAUAAAGAGCCAUGACUGGGAGAAAAAGUUACAAGUUUCUGAAGAAUCUGGAAGUGCAGAUCAGCUAAUGUCAAAGGCCAAAGAUAUCAUCAAGAAAUACAGAAUUGCUCUGCCAAAGAAAGGUCAGUCAUCACGUUUUGAGGAAGGCGGAUCCCCGUUGGACCUGCUGCACUUGGCUGCUGUGAACCUGGCAUGCGGCAUCAAGCAGAAACCUAAACAAGCUGACCUCCAUUUUACAUUGGGCCUGGUCCUGGAAGAGACGUACUAUGCACAGGACAUGUAUGGACUCAAGAAGGAUGAUGAUGACCUUGAUGACAGCAUGGCAACCCUGUCCCUCGGCCUGAGCACCAAGUCAAAGGACAGUAGCAAGGAGGAUGAUAUCCAGGCCAUAUGUCAGCAGAGAGGAGCAGGAGCCAACGCCUCUCUUUCCCGACAGCUUCAGGCCAUCGACGAGGAGUACAAGCACCUGCUCAACAGCGGUCAGUCACAAAAGGCUGACUAUGUCCAGGAACUGUAUCUGUUCAAGUCCAAGCAGGCUACUCAGGGUGGAAAGACAUCUCAGGCAGCAUCCGAUGAAAGCAACCCGCUAGGUCAGGCAUGCGUCAAGUUCAUGGAUGCCCUGUUCUUGGAGCAGAAUAAUGUUAUGUACAACAUCCAUGUGGGAAGGCUACUACUGCUUCAGGACAAAGUGGAAGAUGCCCUUGUUAGGUUGCAGCAUGCAGUAGGCCUCAAACCAUUCCUACCCAUUGCUAGAUUCUACCUUGGCUUAGCAUUGGUCCAGCAGAAGAAUGGUCCUGGAGCCAGGAAUAAAGAAACCACUACCUACCUGCAUGAUGGCAUCCAGUACCUGCUAGAGCUCACAACCAAACAGGCUGAAACAGUGGAGAACAGUUCCUCAUGUGACCUUCACUCAGAGGACCUAUGGAGGACUUCUAGCGGCCAGCUUCUCAAGGGAUGUAUAGAACUAGGAAAGCUACUCAAGAAGACACCUAUAUCGGGGUUCCUCGGUGCUGCCGAUGUCUUUCACAGUGCUGCCAUUUUGGCAGGGCAGAACCUAUGCACGCUGCCCUCUAGAGGCGACACCUACCAGUCAAUGGAGUGGGUACUCCUUGACGUUCAUGCCAUCCUGCUAGAGAUGCUGAUGGAGAAAGAUGCAGGGAAUACCCCUUGGAUUGCUCAACGAUGUCAGCGUCUCUCUUCACUCAUCAACUGCUCUACCAUCCCACAGAGUCAACAGGUUCUCAAACUUCAGGAACAGACAUGUCAAAAGGGAGUGAUAGCCCAACCAUGUAAUAGCCAAGCUCUGUGUCACCUGGGCACCUCCCAGCUAGCCAUGUACGAGAAUGACCCGACCUCUGACCUAGGAAAGCAAGCACUCCUUGAUGCUAGGUUGUCCUUUAGGGCAAGCAUUGAGAAAGAGGGCAAGCCAAGUAUAGGUGGUGACCUGCCGACUCAGAUGACAGAACAAGGUUGGUGGCAGGAGAAAAAGAAGAAGGAAGAGGCGGCAGCAGCCAGUAAGGCAGCACCAGCAGAUAAGGGUAAGGGUGUGGCCUCCAAGGCUGCCCCAGCUAGGGGAGCACCUGCAAGGGGUGCACCAGCAGGGAGGGGUACUACUACACCAAGGGGUGCAACCAGAGGCGGUCCAGCAGCUAAGACGGGUGCAGUCAAGGCAGCGCCAAGGGGAGGCGCAGCCCGUGGGCGUGGCACUACCUCUGGGCCAGGCAAGGCUGCCCCAGCCCGUGGAAGAGGGGGCAGUACCACCAGCGUGGCCAAACCUGCCGCAGGGGCUAAAUCAGGUCCAGCUAGCAAGACUGCUGCAGCUCCAGCCAAGGCAGCACCCACUCCAUCUCCAGAGCCAAGUAAGGAGGCUGCUGCCAAAUCAGAGACUAGCCCAGUGCCUGCCAAUGCUCCUCUGAAUCGCAUGAGCUACCUUCCACGUCUUGGCCUAGCGAGGGCGCUAGCUAAAGAGACGGAAAAUACCAAAGAAUCGAGAAUGCUCUAUGAUGAUGUCAUCACUAUGGCACCUCAGAUCCAUGAUGCCUACAUAGAGCUAGCUGAACUCCAUAUUAAGACGGAGCCCCUCCAAGCUGUUGAUGUAUACGCCCGCUAUCCAUUCUCAGACGAAGAGUCAUAUGACGAUGCUUUCCUCCAUGGCGAGAUCCUCCGUCUGCUCAUGAAGCAUGAAAAGUUUGAUGACCCCAGACUGGAGAAGCACAUGAUUGCAUAUGGCAGGAUACUUGGCAAAGGAUGUAUUGAGAAGUAUGUUCAAAUCCUGGAGGCUAAGUUCAAGAAUGAGCUUCUGAUGAACGUCUAUGCUGCCGUCAACCACAAAGCAGUGGAUGAUCCGGACAUGCAGGCAUUCUUUAAGUUUAAGAUGUGGCUAUAGUCAGAUUCACACGUAUCAUCUUAUUGGGGACAGUUGCGAAUGUUUCUCUCGACAGCCUAUUCUAACUGAAUCAAGAUCCUUACGUUCCUCUUUUUCCAAUUCUCUUGUUACCCCAAAAAUUUCCAAAACCUGGGGUGAAAGAUCAUUUGUUUACUCAUCUUCUAUUAAGCUAUGGAAUAGCCUCCCUCAAAACAUCAAACAGUGCUUGACUUCUGAACCUUUCAAACAUUACCUCAAAACAUUUCUGUUCAAUUCUUCUUAAUUUCUUUUAUAAUUUCCUAAAAAGCGCCUUGAGCACUCUACAGAGUGGAUUUGGUGCGAUAUAAGUCUAAUUAUUAUUAUUAUUAAUCACGGGGCCCCAUCUGCAUUGGAAAUGACAAAGAUAGUAUUUCAACUGAAAUGGCUAAAUAAUGACCGUUACUGCAUGAAUUCUGAACUCCUGGGCCGGUAUUCAAUUGAAAGAAUUGAAUAUUUUGCUUGGCAUUUUACUUGGCUAAGCAAAAGUCACAAAUGCCACAUCAGGGUGAAGACUGACCAAUUGGUUAGUGUUAUGGCAUCUAUGUUUUUAUUUUCUUGAACAUAUCACUUUUUUUUUAAUACAUGGUCUUGUCACCACCACAGUUGGCCAUGUGAGAGGGUUUUACGUUAGAAAGAUCAGAAGAAAAAUAAUAUUUAGAAAAAGUGGAAAGGCCAAUGCUGCCCGGUUUAUGUGUGUUAAAUUAGGCUGAAGUAGUUGAUUUUAUGGAAGAAAAAUCACUGUCAUUUGAUGAUCCGUCCAAAAACACUAGAUUCCAUCCAGAAGAAAAACCUUCCACAUUAUUUUAUAUCGUUGUGCCUUGCUGUGACUUUUUCUAACAGAUCAUAGUGUAUACAGAGUUCUAUUGUGUAUACAGAGUUUUAUUUUAAAUAAAGUCAUUUCUAAAGUUAAA